AGGAAAGUAUUGUUGGGUUGGUAUCCUACCUGCGUUUUCCCUCCCACCCACCCCUUUGCAUGCAUUUCCGGGUUGGUACAGUGCCACGUCAGCAACAAUGCCACAUCAGCAGUGCCACGUCAGCAACAGUGCCACAUCGGCAGUGCCAUGUCAGCAACAGUGCCACGUCAGCAGUGGGUCAGCAGCAGUGCCACGUCAGCAAUGCCAUGUCAGCAACAGUGCCACGUCAGCAGCGCCACGUCAGCAACAUGACGGGCCCAACUCUGGGCAUGCCAGGCCAACUGGCCAACAAGUCUAUUGCCGACUACAAACAGCGGUUCCAGACUCAGCUCGCACUGAUCGAGGUUGAGGAACAGCGCCAGCUGGCAGCCAAGGCUGACCGCCUGCAGACUGAAGCAGCGGCAAUAGCUCAGAAGCAGCGGCUUCAGGCCGAAGCAGAUGCAGAUACCCAGGCACGCCGCAAGGAAGCCCAGGAUCUGCUGCAGCGGCAUGAAACCACCAGCAUUGAAAGGCUAAAGUAUUGUCACUUCGAACCAUCCGAGGAGCACGAUGACGCAACAUCGGAGGAGCAACAUAAGGAAUUCAUGGCCAAGCUCAUGACCAGGUUGGUUUACACUUGUAACCACCUGCAGUCCGAGUUGGCGAAUAUGCAGCGGGUCAUGCGGAACCACAAGGCUCAGCAAGAGGAUGCAGUACGGCCACUUGACUCCCGUGUACAGGACUUGGAGCAAACUGCACCAAGACCGGAGGCUGGCGAGUCCAGCAGUGCACCCUCUGCCCGCCAACUGGAGCAACUCGUCGACCACGUCGUCGCAAUGAUCGGCGACAUCAUCCUUCGCUGUGCCAACCACCAUCAGCAAACAGCUGGAUACCUUGAAGACCGACGUUCAGCAACUGCAGCUCCCUCGCAAGGAUGGCAACAGCACAACGCAUUAUAAGAUGCCGACAUUCCAAAUUGAGAAGUUCGAUGACUACACGCAUCAAGACCCGGUCCUCUGGUGAGAAGGCUUUACAACGCAACUUCG